AUGUUCCUGCAGGUGCUCCUGUUUGCACCGACUCUCUGCUUUGUGAGAGCUGAAGAGCUCGGCUCUGAGAAGCAGCUUGUGCAAGACCCCCGCUUGGUUGUUGGGAAAUGGAUUGUGCACGCUGUAGGGUCCAACAACAUCACCAUUUUCAACAGGCUGCAGACUGUUACCAGUUCCUGGGUGAUGAUUUCAAAAACAGAUGAGGAGGACAAGUACCACGUUCAAGUACAUGACAAAGUUGGCGAUACGUGCUACUCCAAAGUCGGAGAUGCCUAUCUGUGGGAAGGUGGUGAAGUGACGCUGACUUUGACUGGAACACCGUUUAACACAAAGCACAAAGGAGUCUAUCUGCAGACUUACUCAGAGAAUGCUGUUGUGUGGUUGGAUCGAUCCUACCACCAGAACGGUCAUACUUUCAUCACUGGGAAAAACAUUGUGCUCUUCAAGAAGAGCAAAGUUGUGGCCGAUCAAACCAUGCAACGUUUCAUAGAACAGGCCAAAUGUGAGAACAUUGAUAUCUUCGACCUGCCAUCUACUGGUAACACUGAUCUCUGUGCUGAGCAGAACAGCGGGACUGCAGAGUGA